AUGCCGUCGGCACGCGUUGGCGUGUGGGAAUCGGUGGCGUGGGCGGUGGCCGGCCGGUGCCCGGUGUGGCCCCGUGUCGAGGGCCCGCGGCGGCGAGGACCCCCGGCCGUGGCCGGGGUGUGGUGGUCGGCGUCGGGGCGCGGUGGCCGGCGGUUGGGGCUGGUUUGGGGGGGGGGGUCCGUGCCGUCCCCGCCUCGCCCGCCUCGCCCUCUCCAGGUACCUAGCGCGUCCCGGCGCGGAGGUUUAAAGACCCUCGGGGGAGUCGCCCGUCCGCCUUGGGGUCGGGGCGGUCGGGCCCGUGGGGACGUGGGAGGUCCGUCCCUCGUCCCACGGACUCCGCCUCCACCGGGCCGGGGCGCCGCGCCACGUCGCCGACCGCCGCCGCCGCCGCCGUGUCCGUCGGGUGGGGCCUCACCCGGCGGGCCCGUCGGACGGCCGGUGGCCGCGUGGUGGCGCGUCCCCGCGGGAGGCGGGAACCCCCGGGCGCCUGUGGGGUGUCCGAGCCGGCACGCGCGGUGUCGGGCCGCGGUGCCCUCCGUCCCCCUAAGUGCAGACACGGCGCCUCUGCCCUCGCGCCGUCUGUCCCUCCUCCGGCCGGUCCCGCCCCCGCGCCCGGGAGGGUGCGGGGGCGGGCGGCGGCGGCAGGCGGCAGGCGGCGUCGAGGCCCGGGAGGUGCCGCCCGCGAAAGGGAAGGGAGAAGACACGGGGGGGGUGGAGCUCGCGCGUGGCCGCGGCCGCGGCCGCGGCCGCCGCGUUCCCACCGGGAGCCCCUCCUCGCGCCGCAAGCGUUCUCUGGGGGGCGCGUGCCCGGGUGCGUCGCGGUGGUGCCGGGGUGGGUGGGGGCGGUUUGGGCCUCCGCGCCGCGCCGCCCCCACCCUCCCGUCGCGCCACCGCGGCCCCCGCCUCGCCGCCCCGUCGGGACGGGCGGCUCCUCGCCGUGGCCGAGGCGCGCGCGCGGCCGCGCCCCGGGGAUGCGUGCCCCGGCGGCGACCCGCGGGACGCCGCGGCGUCGCCCGCCGCUGCGCGCUUUCCCCCGGGCUGCGUCCGCGGCCGCGCUUCGUGCCCCUGGGCCCCCGGGGCGGCGUUCUUCGGGGGCGCCGCCGCCGCGCGUCCGUCGCCCGUCGGGGGCGUCUCGUGGCCGUGCGGAGGACGGGUGGGAGCGGAGCGGAGCGGAGCGGCUCGCGCCGGUGCGGUUGGCGUCGCGUGGUGGGGGAAGGGGCCCUGACGGUCGCCGCGGGGCGGCCGCCGGGCUUCUUCGGACCCGCCCGCCUCACGACCGACCGACCGGCGGCCGCCGCCGCCGCCGCCGCCGCCCCCUCUACCCUCCUCCCCGGCACGACGACGCCUCCGGCCUGGGCCCGGCGUCGCGCGCGCGCGCGCGGCUUCCCCUCUCGCCGCCCGCCCGUCCCUUGCCACGUCGCCGGCUCGUGCUCCCGUCCCCGUCCCGUCCGCCUCCCUUCUUCCUCCCGCCCUUCCGCCCUCCCGCCCGAACCCCGUGUUCGGGCGUGGUCCGCCCGGAGGAUUCAACCCGGCGGCGUGGUCCGGCCGUGCCGGCGGUCCGGCGGAUCUUUCCCGCUCCCCGUUCCUCCCGACCCCUUCCCCCGUCCUCCCUCCGGCCCUCUCUGCGCCCCCGGGCCUCGCCGCGCCCUCCCUCGCGGGUCGGGUGUCGGCGGGGGGCGGGGGUGUGGGGGUCGCGGGGGCGGGCGGGCGGGGCCGGGGGUGGGGCCGGCGGGGGACCGCCCCCCGGCCGGCGACCGGCCGCCGCCGGGCGCAUUUCCACCGCGGCGGUGCGCCGCGACCGGCUCCGGGACGGCUGGGAAGGCCGGCGGGGAAGGUGGCUCGGGGGCGGUCCGGUCCGGUCCCGUCGUCCGCGGCGGGGCCGCCGUCCCCCUCCCCGAGUGUUACAGCCCCCCGGCAGCAGGGCUCGCCGAAUCCCGGGGCCGAGGGAGCGAGACCUGUCGCCGCGCUCUCCCCCCUCCCGGCGCUCCCCCCCGCGGGGGGCUCUCCCGCGAGGGGGCGUCCUCCCGCGGGGGCGCGCCGGUGUCGCCAGGGGGGGCCGGGCCGCCCCUGCCACGGCGCGACCGCUCUCCCACCCCGGCCGCGACCACCCACCCACCCUCCCUCCCUCCCUCCCCCACCCCCGCGCGGGGCCUCCGGGCCUCCUCGGGGAGUGGGUGGGGGGGCGGGCGGGCGGUCGGGCGGGGCCGGCCGGCCGGGGCGGGGCGGACUGUGCCCAGUGCGCCCCGGGCGGGUCGCGCCGUCGGGCCCGGGGGUGCGUUCGGUCGGUCGGCUCGAACCGACCGACCGACCGAGGCGCCACGCCGUCGCGAGCGAAGCGAGCGCACGGGGUCAGCGGCGAUGUCGGCCACCCACCCGACCCGUCUUGAAACACGGACCAAGGAGUCUAACACGUGCGCGAGUCAGGGGCUCGCACGAAAGCCGCCGUGGCGCAAUGAAGGUGAAGGCCGGCUCGCCGGCCGAGGUGGGAUCCCGAGGCCUCUCCAGUCCGCCGAGGGCGCACCACCGGCCCGUCUCGCCCGCCGCGCCGGGGAGGUGGAGCACGAGCGCACGUGUUAG